AUGGCGGCAUCACCGACCAUCGACCUCGACCAAACCUUCGACCACUCUACUACUACUCAUAGCUACCAAAUCCGCUGGACAUCCCUUGGUGAUCCAGCAACACAACCUGUUAUUUUCAUACACGGCACGCCGUGGUCCUCACAAGUCUGGACCAACUACGCCCAAUCCUUCUCAAAAUACUUCCACGUCUACCUGUUCGACAACCCAGGCUUCGGGGCAAGUCCUCUCGGCAAGCCUCUCCCCGGCAAAGCAGAUGCCAUCAGCAAGGAGCUCGCUUUGGACGCAGGUCUCUCACAGCAGUCAGCAAUAUUUGCCACCCUGUUAGAGCACUGGGCAAAAGAGUGGCAGCAGAAACCACACGUUAUUGCGCAUGAUCAUGGCGGUCUGAUGGCUCUACGGGCUCAUAUUAUUCAUGGCUGCGAGUACGCCAGUCUAUGCUUGAUCAAUGUGGUUGCAAUCGGGCCAUUUGGUCAACCUCUAUUUAAACUGGUUGCCGAGAAUGAGAGCGUGUUCACUGCGCUGACAGGGCCGGUAUUUGAAGGGGUUGUCGAGGCGUAUAUCCGUGAUGCCUCGUAUCGAGGGUUGGAUAAGGAGACUAUGGAGAUGCUAAAGAGUCAAUGGAUUUCUACGGAGGAAGGGCGAAUAGGGUUUGUGAGACAGAUGGUGCAAGCGAAUAGUCGCAGUACCGAAGAGGUUGAGUGUAGGUAUUCGGAAGUGGGAAGAAAGAUGCCUGUGCGGAUUAUCUGGGGACAGGAGGAUGUAUGGAUUCCUGUGGAGACGGCGGCCAGAUUGAAGGCGAAGCUGAAUGCUCAGGACGUGGUGCUUAUUGAAGGUGCGGGCCAUCUAGUGAUGUAUGACCAGGAGGGCAAGCUGGGAGUGGAGCUGGGCUGGUGGCUGAGCCAGGUUUGCCACUUGUAA